AUGACCCGGCGAUUGUGGCUCUGGUGCUUCUGCGCUUGGGUGGCCGCCGGCUGGCCGCCAGGCAGCGCCCUUCAGCUCCGGCCAGGCAUGCCAAAUGUUUGUGAAGAAGAGCAGCUGACUGUGGUGGGACUACGACAGCCGUGUGUCCAAGCAUUCACGCACACCAUCAAGAUCUGGAAACAGCGCUGCACCAGCCCACGGUGGUGUGUGGGUUAUGAAAGAAGGACCCGAUACUACACCAUCUACAGACAGACAUACAGCCUGGAGCAGCAAACCGUCUACAAGUGCUGCCCUGGUUGGAGCCGGUGGGACAAUGAGCCUGGCUGCCUAUGCUUGGUCUCUGCCGUGGGGACUUGUGUCCAUGGGAAGAGAUGUUCAGAGGGUGAAGUCCAGCGGUGCCAGUGUUCAGAGGGUUUUCAGGGACCCCACUGUCAAUAUGGUCAUCACAGAGCACCAAGCUGAGCUUCCUGUGGUUUAUAGCAGGUUUCCAAGGGCUAUCUGCUUU